AAUUCCAAAAUGAAGCAAUUAAAAGGGCUCCCGAGUUAAGGCGGGCUGGUGAACGCCUGAACGAGUUUGACAAGUGAAAAGACGAGAGCAUUUUUCUUUUGAGUAGCGUAAGAGUCAGGAAGAUUCUGCCUUCUGUUUUUGAUAUCGCUUUGAUGCUUGAUUUUACACCAUUACCAGGGCAUGCGACAUUGACAACGACGACUUCAAGGUCCCUCCUCUCCUCUGCAUUAAAUAAAUCAUUAGUAUUUCGCCAUCACGCGGCUUCUGCCUCUAAUCGGACUCUUCCCGGCCGGAUUACCUGCGAAACGAUGUCGAGCUCAACUGGAACCGCUUUCCCCACUUUAAGAAGUGUCACCAUACCCUAUACUGACCUCAAGAACAAGGAUGCAGACUUGUCGGCCAAGAUAGAGGAAGGUUUUGGACCCAACGGCCUUGGGAUUCUUUCAAUUUCUGAUGUCCCUGGAUUUUCUUCGUUGCGUCAAAAUCUUCUACAUCUUUCACCCAGACUUGCCAACCUUCCUCAAAAGGUAAAGGAUGAGCUUGAAGAUCCACACAGUAGGUAUAACUUUGGAUGGAGUCAUGGGAAGGAGAAGCUUGAAUCUGGGAAGCCUGAUCUACUGAAAGGCUCUUUUUAUGCAAAUCCAAUAUUAGAUGUUCCUACCACUGACAUGUGUCUAAAACAGCGGUAUCCAUCUUAUUGUUCUUCAAACAUAUGGCCUGGCAGUGCUUUGCCAGAAUUGGAAACUGCUUUCAAAGCACUUGGAAAGCUGAUGCAUGAUGUUGGAUUGAUGGUAGCUUAUCACUGUGAUCAAUAUGUAUCCAAAGGAAUGGAAGUGGAUCAAAAUGAAAGCCUCGAACAGAUACUUAUUCGUUCUCGGUGUCAUAAAGGCCGGUUGCUUUAUUAUUUUCCUGCACUAAGGAGUGAUUGUGUCCCAGAUGGUGACUCAACAUCAUCUUGGUGUGGGUGGCAUACAGAUCAUGGCUCGCUGACAGGUUUGACUUGUGCCAUGUUUAAGAGAGAUGGUGUAGAAAUACCUUGCCCUGAUAGCAUUGCUGGCCUUUAUAUUAAAACACGAACUGAUCAAAUUGUCAAAGUUGUGUUUGGAGAAGGUGAGGUAGCGUACCAAAUUGGUGAAACAGCUGAAAUACUGUCAAGAGGUUAUCUUUGUGCAACACCGCACUCUGUUCAGGCACCCAAAGGGGAGGAGGCUUCUGGUGUUGACAGAUCAACAUUUGCAUUAUUCAUGCAACCCGAUUGGGAUGAGAGACUUAACUUUCCCAAGGAGAUGCAUAUUCACAAAGAUCUGGUGCUAGCCAAUAGCUGUCUCACGUUUGGAGAAUAUUCUGAGAUGCUGCUGGAUAAGUAUUACCACUUGAAAACAUAAAGGGCCGUUAUGUUCCUCCUCCCCCGCUUUCAAUAGCAACUGUUCUGUAUCACGUCAUGAUCGUAUAAUAAAUUCCUCCCUGUCUGCUUGGAAGACCCAAAGACAAUUUUGAUAUGAACUCCUGCCUUUUCAUUUUGCUUUCAUUUUCUUAUUCAUAUUCGCAUGUCGUCAGCAUCAAGGGAUUUAUUCGUUUUCUAUUUAUUGUCACAGUGAUGAAUCUCUUCUUGCUAUGGGCCCUGAUAAAAAUGAAGAAAAAAGCACGGCGGUGGUAAACAUUGACUACUAGCGAUGAUGUUUCUUAAUGUGAUGAGAUUUAUUUUAUUGAGAUUUUGUGCCUCUGCAUUGUAAUCAGUGUGCCUCAAAAGGUUUUUUCCUUUAUUUUUUUCCUCCUUUAUCAUCAUUGAAAUAUAUAAACCUUUUCAAGCGAACAGCUCUAGCUGUGAGAAUUGUCAAAGCCAUUCAGGAUAAGGUGGGUCCCGAGCUGAUACUGUCUGCUGUGGUGUAAGCGUGUGAAAAUGGUUUUAUUUAUCGGUGGCGGAUAAGAAUAAGAGGAAGGAAAUGAUAAUUUAUUCCAAACGGAGGUAUGUUUUAUAUGUCAAUAAUAUGUCUGAGGUCGGCCGGUAAAUCCCAAUCUGUCACGAUUCGAGGUAUCUAUGCCAUGAUGUCAUGCUCGCCGGCCUGCCGCUUUGUGCUCUCUCUCUCUCUCUCUCGGUACCAAAGGUCAGUUUUGGCCUUUAAAAUUGCUUGUGCUUUCGCCUCUGUGGCUGCUUUAGCUAUAAAAAACUUUUAUUUAAAAAAUAGAUAUAAAUAUACGAAAACUUGUUUGUUUCCGUCGUCGUUUUCGACAAAAUAAAACUGACACGUUCUCGAAACUCUUCAGAAUAAAAAAUAGAGUUAUUAAAAUUAGUUUUAUAUAUUAUUAUGCUAUAAUUUAAGAAUUAGGUUAGGCACUGACAAGUGCAGAAUUUGGAAUACUCUUUAGACCAAACUAAUAAUUGAGUUAGGGAUAUAUUAUUUAUACUUAAAUUAGUUUUAUAUAUUAUUAUCGUAUCCUUCAUCUUUUUGACAUUAUAUAUAUAUAUAAAAUCAAAGUAGAAUUUUAAUAAUUUAAGUAUUAAAUUAACACUGAGUGUGUUUUUUAAAGAUAAAAACGAGAUAAAAAAUAUCCAGUCAAAUAGGUUUUUAUUUUAAAAAUUAAAAACAAAAAUAAAAAAUAAAACAGAAAAUGAAGGGUUUUAACUCCACCUUUCAAUGAAAAAAUUUAAAAUUUUUUAUUUGAAAUUAUUGUUUUUGGGUUUUUAGUUAAUAUUUGAUAUUAAAAAUAAAUUUUAAAAAGAAAAAAAAUAUUUUAUAACACAUCAUUAUAUAUAAACCGGUUACAAGUUUGCCUUGAAACAUUUAUAGCAGAAAGUCUGGAUUUUAAAAGGAAAACGUGGGCUAAAUAAGGACAAAAAAGCCGCGGGGGGGGCUGUAUACAGCCCCCUACACGGCUUCUCUGAGCUCAGGUCCUUUACAGUGUUUGAAUUAGCAUCCACUCUCAUUUGACCAGCGUGUGAAUUUCUAUUCUGUAAUUACCAGAAAACCCCUGCUAGGAAAAGUAACUGUGUUGAAAAUACAAGUUCAUGAUUUGAGUGCUGUCUUUUCUUCCUCGUUCUUUACUGCAAUUUGUGGUCGUCAGCUUCAAUCAAUUGCAACUUUUAGAGAAGGUUUGUUUUUAUAUUUUAAAAAUAUUUCUAAAAGAAUUUGAAUUUUUUUUUAAUUUAAUAGUUUUUUAAUAUUUUUAGAUUAUUUUGAUGCGUGGAUAUAAAAAUAAUUUUUAAAAAAUAAAAAAAUAUUAUUUUAAUAUAUUUCUGAGUGAAAAAUACUUUGAAAAACAACAGCAUUCACAAUCACACUUCCAAACAAGCUCUAGUGAAAAUAUAACUUUUUUAUAUAUUUUCUAGUAUAACUAUCAGUAGUAUUUGGUAUUAAUUUUUUUAAAUACUUUUUAAUUUUUGUAAAAAAUACAGUUACACCGCCUAAAUAUCUUUUCAAUUUUUUUUAGCUUAAAAUAAUUACAAGAAAAGUGAAAUUAAAUUUAUUUUUAUCAACAGGGAGAUUACAAAAGACUUAACGUAUUAAUUCCAAUACUUCUGGUGAAACUUUUGUCCAAAGAUUUUCAAAUUAAAUAAAAGCAAAUUUCUUAAAUUUUAUUUUAAAUUGAUCAAUCAAUCCAUCCAUCCAUUCUUCAAAUUUAUUCAAUUAAUCAAAUGGCAAAUUCCUAACUAGUCUCCUUGUAAAUUUUCCAUGCAACGGUGACAUUAUUAAAUAUUUUUUAUUUAUGAGAUUUUUUUUAAUUAACGUGGGUAUCCGGGUCAGCUUAUGCGUACCUCGACUAAUUCUAUAGACCCUAAAAUUAACGACUAUAUAAGCCUCCAGUGACCAUCAUAUUAGCAACUAUAGAGCUCGAAUCUAAGACCACAGAGGAAGCAAACCCCUUAAUUCCAAGCUAUUACUACUGGAUCAUCUCCUAGAUGGUUAUAUGAGAUAUUUUUUUAUUUACAUAGAACAUUUACCAUCAAAUAAAUCAUCUAAAUAUAUAUUAAAAAUAGAUAGAUUAUACUAUUUGUGUCUCACACAAGUUGCUUGAUAAAAAUUAAAAAGCAAACUAAAUAAACUUAUAGUCUAAAAAUGAAAAGGAGGUUAAAAUAGGAAUGGUUCGAUCUUUCUAAUUUAAAUUGGCAUAAAUCAAUAUGGAAACACAACUAAACCAGUAAAAAAAUGUUUUAAUUAUGGUGUUUUUAUUUCUUUGAGUUUUUAUUAAAAAAAAUAUUUAUAAUAUAUCUUCUAAGAUAAUUUACUUCGUGACAAAAAUUCUACAUGAAUAUAGAAAUUUAUAUUCAACGUCAUUAAACCAUUUCUAUAAAUUUAUACAUGAAUAUAAUAGAAAUUUACUUCAGUAAAACAUUUUAUAAUUAAAAAAAAAAACUAGGAUUCUUACAGGGGUAGUAGUGUCAAUUUAAGAUAGGAAUACCGACGCUUUCCUUCCAUGAAAGAACAGAGUGGGGCAGCGUCCAAUCCACCACAGUUGUGUCUGUCUCUCUUCUUCUAUAUAACCACCAACCAUAGCGUUCCUUUUCUCUCAAUUCCUUGUCAUCUCCAAAUACACAUAGCUAAGUUAUCUCCAUAUACAACAGUUUCUCGGUUUUCCAUCAAUCACUGUGACCAUGUCCUUCUCUAACUACCUUCCCCUACCAUCCCGAUCCAACAGAAGAAAGGGUCACGGAAAGAAUGGUUUUCGAAGAAGGUGCUUGUCCAUGGCAAAGCAGCAAAAGACCCGUUUUUACAUCCUUGGACGGUGCAUCUCCAUGCUUCUGUGCUGGCAUGACCAUGCUAUACGUGAUUGAUUCCUCUUAUGCUACCCAACAAUCAAAGUCAUUAUAUGCUUGGCUCGCUGUCAAAGCAGGAUGAAUACGAAGGCAUGGCCGCCACAAAGCAAAGCAGCAGCAAGUCGAUCGCUUUUGGGACUUUCAGCUCAAAGACGACAGAAACACAGCACUUGGGUGAAACAAACUGAAGGCCCAGCCAGCCCUGGAUCUCUUAUUCAAGCGGCUUGAUUUUCAAUCUCCUUAAGAUGGAUGAUGCCUCAGAAAAAUCAACGCAACAGUUCUGCAGGGAUUAAUUAAUGUCAACAGUUCUGCAGGAGACGUCUCUCACUCUCUGAAAUUGUUUCCUCCUGUAGUCUUUUUGUUCGUCAGUGCUUGAAGGGAUAGGAAGAAUCAAUUUUCUCUUUCUUUUAUUAAAUUUUGUAGUGCACAGCAACCCUCGUCUUGCUUUUCUUCACACACGCACGUCUGUAAAAUUAGUGCAUCGUGAUUGGUAUCGCAGCAUCGAGUUAGGUAUUAAUGUUGAGUACUUUUUCUAAACUCCCUGUACAUAGAAAUUACAAUAGAUAUUGUAAUAAAAUACUGUGGCAUUCUUCUACUGUA